UGCAAGACGAUAAUUUCACCUGCAACGAGACAAAACAGGACUUUGGUUAAAUCACUUGUUAAAUGAAUAAAGAGGGAAGUUUUGAAUGAGAAAAAAAAUAAUCAUAAUUCUUUACAAUUUCUUCGAAUUUCCCCUGCGCAGUUAACACGAUGAAGAGAGACUGCUCCGACUACCUGCUCAGCGGGGACACAAACAGCGGUGUGUACCUGGUGACCCCUGACCUCCGCAGCAGAAGCUUCCCGGUCUUCUGUGACAUGGAGCUGGGUGGAGGAGGGUGGACGCUGCUGCAGCGCCGACAGGACGGCAGCGUGAGCUUCAACCGCACCUGGGCUGAGUACCGAUCAGGCUUCGGGGAGCUGGACGGAGGGGAGUUUUGGUUGGGCAAUAACCUGAUCCACCUGCUAACCCGGGACAGGGACAUGGUACUGCGGGUGGAGCUGGAGGACUUCGACGGGGCGACGGAGUACGCAGUGUACGAGCAGUUUAGGGUGGCAAGUGAACGGAUGCGCUACAGGCUGACGGUGGGCGGGUACUCGGGUACCGCAGGUGAUGCUCUGCGCUUCAGCAAAAGUUACGAUCACAACAACAGACAGUUCACCACUCCUGACAGGGACCACGACCGCUACCCCUCCGGGAACUGCGGGGCCUACUACAGCUCCGGCUGGUGGUUUGAUGCGUGCAUGGCUGCAAACCUCAACGGGAGGUACUAUGUAGGCAAGUACAAAGGAGUCCGGGAUGGGAUUUUCUGGGGGACAUGGCAUAACAUAUCUACAGAGUAUUACCCCACAAAUGACAGACAGUCUUUUAAAUCUGUCAGGAUGAUGAUCAGACCAAAGGGCUUCGCACCCUGAGCUGUGACUCUCUGAUAGGGCAUAUUGGGGAAAAAACAGCUCACCAUAAGCUCCUAAAAUGCUCAGUUCAAUUUAACAAAACGUAAUCCACUAUCUACAAAGUUACAGUUAUAGUACGCUAUUGACACAAUGCUGCCGCCUUGUGGUGUUUGAUUCUGCAGUACUUAUUUGUUUACAGGACAGUAUGACUAUGACUGAGGAUGUACAUAGUUACAAAGGGUAUAGUCCUAACUAUAUGGUAUCUAUAAUCUUAAUAUGUAGAAUGAUUUUUUGAGAGUUUAAUUUGUUUAAUGAUGAGAGAGGGAAAUCUUCCUGUGAGGAGUUAUUUUUCAGUGAAGUCUAACGGGUAUGAAGCAACAGAGACUGAUAUAUAUUAUUUAUAUCAUUAUAUUACUGGAAACCUGUUGAUGGUUGACUGAAGCUGUUUGGGAUGUUUUAUAAUUAAGACUGUUUUGUUAAGAUAAAUAAAAUGUAUGAAAUAUCAGGGGUUCGUAAAUUUUUUUAUUUUAAUUUUAUCUUUCUUUCCGUUAAAAUUAUCUGCAGACUAAAAUACAAGUGACCAAUAAAUUCAAUAACAAGCAGCCCAACUUCGGACGUAUCUCACAGGCACUGCAGGCAAACGAUUCAAGGCUCAAAUUCCCUACAGCCUUUGCGGCAAGGACGACGUCCUCUAUAACGUGCUCACACAGACCUGCUGAUUGGACAAGACAAAAGAGGGGCGGUGCUAUAUUUACACAAGAUUUCUCAUCCGGUUUGUUAAGUUUAUUGAAGUGGGGCGGACUAAAAUCGGAAGUAAAAGAUUUUGCCUUCAACAUAAAAGGAUGAAAAAAACGGAAAACACGUACUGCUCGUUUUGCAUUUCUGUUUUCAUUUAAAGAGGUGAAAAGUGA